AUGGUCGCCGCUAUGCUUUCCGACAAACGCUUUGCGGAGAUCAAGAAGGCUGUCGGUAAUCCUUUCGACAAUGGUGAUCCUUUUGGCAUGUCUCCCGACGAAUACCUAGCGAAGCUGGACUUCGAAACUGGCAGUGAUGACGUCCUCGAUCAGUAUCUGCAGAAAGCAUCCGGCAUGCACAGUAAACCUGUGCGCGCAUCAGCAGAGAAAUGGCUCAAGGAGCUUACUGCGAUCGAUUUCAACAAUAUUAGCGAUAUCUCCAACCAUCGCUUUGCCUUGACUGUCGAAAAGGUGGACAGAUUCAAGCUGGGCAACCAUGGCGAGGAUACCUUUGCAGUCUUAACAUAUCCUGGCGCUAUUGUGCCAGAUGAACUCUCCCCUGAGAGAAAGUACUCUGGCGAUUAUUAUCCCCAUACCGCCUUUAUCUCUCUUCGGAUGGGUGAAGUCUCGCAUUCUCACCUUGAUCCGGAAUCUUCCAAGGCCGCUACACUUGCAUCUCCCGGUCAACCUCCUUAUCUAGUUUUGCCCAUCGGGCAGGUACAGAAGAAGCCUAAGGGAGAGACGGAUGAUGAGUUCGAAAACACCGAUUAUGUCCUCGUCAUUGACGCCAUCACGACUAGCCAUCCUGUCUGGCUGAUUUAUGACCGAAAUGCGGAAGAUGAUUUGGGUGAACCACAAAACAUCCACCCUGAUGAGCAACCUCUGGUCUUCAAGGAACUUGGGAAGAACUUUGAUGCUGUGCAGGUUUUCCCAAGUAUCCAAAAGUGGUUUGACUAUUACAACAAUCUUGACUUCACUCAGAUGCUGAAGUCUAUGCAGGAAACAGGUAUCACGGGACCAAUCAAGGCUAAGGAGAUUGCCAUUUCGGAGGCUAAAAAGCUUUUACUCGAGUAG